CUCCAUGUACGUUAUUACAUCCUCAGCCCUCCCCAAACAGGCCAUAAUAUUUUCAGUCUCUCUCUCCUCAAAAGUCUACAAACAAUGGCUGCCUCCUCUGCUACACUCAGAACCACCAUCUCUUCCUCCCUAAUAAAGCUCUCACCCACCACUUCACCUACGCAAAAACAACUAUCAUUCAAGCCCUCAAACCCCAUUCUCUCUCAAAACCUCAAACUCACCACCACUACCACCACCACCACCAAAGGGUUGUUUACUUGCAAGAGCCAGAGCAACCCAUCUGACGCUUCAAGACCCAGUAAAGUACAACAACUGUGUGUGUAUGAGAUCAACGAGCGAGACCGUGGAAGCCCCGCUUACCUCCGAUUGAGCCAGAAGUCAGUCAACUCUCUUGGCGAUCUCGUCCCUUUCACCAACAAAGUUUAUACCGGUGACUUGCAGAAGCGGUUGGGAAUCACUGCCGGAAUAUGCAUUUUGAUACAGAACGUACCGGAAAAGAAAGGUGACCGGUACGAGGCUAUCUACAGCUUCUACUUUGGUGACUACGGUCACAUGGCGGUGCAGGGUUCGUACCUAACCUACGAGGACACGUGCCUCGCUGUGACUGGUGGGUCGGGCAUCUUCGAGGGUGUGUACGGUCAGGUGAAGCUGCACCAGAUAAUUUUCCCUUUCAAAUUGUUCUAUACUUUUUACUUGAAGGGGAUACCGGACCUGCCGGUGGAGUUACUGGGUGCGCCGGUUCCUCCGUCGCCUGCGGUGGAGCCAUCGCCGGCGGCGAAGGCAUGUGAGGGUGGAGCCACCAUUAGUAACUUCACUAACUGAUGAGAUGUAAUAGUAUGUGGAAAUGAUUAUGAUGGGUGUAAUGUUGAUGAUGACUGAGAUUGGCAAUAAAAUGCACUUUUUCAUUUUC